UACUUUUCUGCAAACAGCUGAUUGUCAAAUAGAUCAGACGAUUUGUUUGAGUAAAGUUGUAUUUAAAUGUUAUUAUUUUCUUAUUUAUGUCUAGGUGUCGUGUCUCAGAAACAACAGUAAAAGUUUUGCAUUGCAAUGGAAGCAGAGGAGCACUUACUUGCUCUGAAAGUGAUGAGACUUACUCGCCCUACUUUGGCUAGCCCCUUGCCAGUGACUUGCGAUAGUAAAGACUUACCAGGCAAUUUACUGAAUAACGUCCUACAGCAAGAUCCUACUGCAGUUCCGGGUUCAGAAACCAUAGCUAUAGGGCAGUUUCUGCUGCUGCCUCAAAAUCCUGUAAACAUAUAUCUAGGAGAGACGUUUUCCAGUUAUAUCUGUGUAUAUAGUGAAACUACACAAAUUGUAUAUAAUAUUACUGUAAAGGUAGACUUGCAAACAACAUCCCAAAAGCUCUCAUUAGCAAAUAAUUCCUCAACAACCAAGCUAAAUUCGGAUGAGACAGUUAAUACAGUGAUUCACCAUGAAGUUAAGGAAAUUGGCCCGCAUAUCCUGGUUUGCGAAGUGGCAUAUCAAAAUUCAGCUGGCGUUCUAAUGUCGUUUAGGAAAUUCUUUAAAAUUCAGGUUUUGAAGCCUCUGGAUGUAAAAACGAAAUUUUAUAACGCUGAAAACGAUGAUGUUUACCUAGAAGCCCAAGUACAAAAUAUUACCAAUGGCCCAAUUUGUUUAGAAAAGGUUUCACUGGAUGCGUCCCACUUAUUUAAUGUUACAUGUCUAAAUAAUACUCCUACUGGCGAAAGUAUAUUUGGAAAUAUCACCUUACUACAGCCUCAGUCCAUCAGCCAAUAUUUAUAUUGCUUGACACCAACCGACAAACUCAGCUCUGAUCUUAAAUCGCUGAGUGGGGCCACUAACAUCGGCAAAUUGGACAUUGUCUGGAGAUCGAAUUUAGGAGAAAAGGGCCGAUUACAAACUAGUCAACUACAAAGAAUGAGUCCAGACUUUGGAGAAAUUAAACUGUCUAUCACGGAAUUGCCAAACUUUGUGGUCAUAGAAGAGCUGUUCACAUUCAAGUGUAAACUUGCAAAUAAUGGGGAAAGAACAGUGGAAUUUAUAUUAUAUUUGGAAAAUACAAGAAACAUUGCGUGGUGCGGCAUAUCGGGAAGGAAACUGGAGGCUUUGCCGCCGCAUAGUUCAAAAAUUUUAGAAUUCAAGUGCAUUCCCUUGGUGCCAGGUCUACGAACUUUAUCUGGAGUGAAGUUAGUGGAUACUUUUACGAAACGGACUUAUACCUAUGAUGAAUUAGGACAAGUAUUUGUAAUUUUAAGUACUAAAACAAGUAGCUAGAAUUGUCUACUGGUAUUGUUAUUACUUAGCAAGUUACACAGUAAUGUAACUGUACCAAAUACAUUUUGUAAGCAAC